CGCCCAUUUUGUCUUAGACAAACAAUUUGAAACAGACCAAAAAUGGGCUCAAGCAAAGUGAAAACUAUGCUAGGAUUUGUCCUGUUCCUUCUGUGGCUCACAUUUAUGAUGCUACUAGUCUCUAUAUCCAAAAAGAGACAAACUGUCACUGGGGUACAUCAAGAUCUACACCAAAUAGAACUACCAACUGUACCUAAAGAGUUUAGCUCGAUAACACAACACUCUCCUCGACCUAGUAGCGAACCUAGUGUCUCAAGUAGCAUUAAAACUACACCAGUAACGAGUAAUCCAACGUCCAAAGCUACAAUAGCUACUACUGUGUAUCAUAAUGCACUACCAGAUGUCUCUUGGGUUCCACUUUGGUCAGAGAAUACCAGUCAAUUAUGGGGAGAGAGAGCAUAUAUUGAUGACAGAGCCGCUGUUCACAAGAAUCCUGUUGUUGUAUUGAUUGGGUUUAAGGAAUCAAGAGCUGAAAGAGUCAGAAAUGGCUAUCGAUGGUUUUGUCACAUCACAUAUUCAAAGAAUGUGACUCCGAUAUGUACUGGAUUGGUUAACAUUGAUCAACUCGAGUAUCAAUUUGCCAACAAUCAUGGCUGGUCUCUCCCUUCUUUCUUUAUUUGUCCUCUUACAGCAUCCAUUGAUGAUCAUCCCUUGAAGGUUGCUCUAACUGCUAAUAGCUGUAAAUCAAGACUACAUUCUCAUUUAAUUCCAAUUACAGGUACAUCAAAGAGUAAACCACUCAAGACAGUCGGAAUAUGUCUCCACAAAGCGCUCUUUGGACUAACUGACCCACAACUAAUAAUUCAAUUUAUUGAGACUCACAAGUUGUUCGGUGUCAGUUUGUUCACCAUAUACAUUCAAGAGGUCUCCAAUGGGGUCCGUGACAUAUUGUACAGGUACUCACAGGAAGGCAUUGUGGAUGUGGUUGAGUGGAGGAUCAAUAUAACAAUGGAUGUAAGAGAUUAUGGACAGGUAGGGGUGAUCCAUGAUUGUUUAUACAGGAACAAAAAUCGUGUCAAGUUUUUAGGAUUUUUAGACAUUGACGAGCUAUUUGUUCCAAAGAAUCAAAGAAAGCAGCUUCCAGAGGUACUUGAAGGAGCAGACAAACCUCAUCUUGGCUCAUUUAGAUUCAGCCACGUCUUCAUGCACAACGGUAGCUAUGAGAGCUCAUUGCAAGAACCAGUAUGUUCAAAAGUCCACGUCCCAGUCUACUUUCAAAGAUACAAGAGAUCAAAUUACGAUGAGAGUGUAGGAGUAUACGAUAAACUCGGCUCAAAGACAAAAAUAUUUGUGAAACCCAAUGCAAUAGUUAGAAUGGGUAGGCACAGCAUGCGUCUACGACCUAUACACAAAUUUGCUCCUGGUUUCAAUGAGUUUGCAAUCCCUGGUCAUAUGGGGCUCCUAUUUCACUACAGACACAUUAUUGAUGGAAAGUACGAGCGAAGACCGCUUGUGAAGGAUCUCACUAUGUCACAGUUUAGAGACGAUUUGAUGGAUACCAUUAAUUCGAAGCUCUGCGUUACCUAGAAUGCAUAUUUUUUAUCAUAUUUAUAAAAUGAACUUAUUGCAAUUGUAUGUUCCCAUGAUAUAUACAAUGAUAUGGUAUACCACACCUUUCGUUAAAUUUUAAUUAGCCAUCGAUAUGAUGAAACAUGCAUUAGCAAUUUUUUUUAGCUAUGCACUUCAUAACUCUUAUGCACUAGUUGUUUGCAUUCCCACUUAUCAUAGACAUCAA